AUGAACUAAUGAACUAUACGAUAAAUGACAACAACUCAUAAAAACAGUAACAGCCUCUGCGUAUUCAUCUCUCUCUCUCUCUCUCUCUCUCGGUCUUCGAUCACUCUCAGUAUCUCCUUCCCAGCGGCGACCAGCGACCCGCGAGGUUGUUCUUGCCGUUUCGAGUCUCGACAGCACAGACCAGAUCCCCACCUGGAUUCCAAAAGGUCCUUAUACAACACGUCUUGUCUUCUACAGCUUCAACAAAUGGAUUUGCGAGAGAUGUUGAAAGGAUUAGAACACAUAACUUUCCAAGUUGUAGAAACCAAAACGGAUUGGGUCGAUGCAAAGUGCCUUGCAGGAGACGGAAUUCACCUCAAGGUGCUAGAAAAUGAAGUGCUUCUCAAGAUGAUCAAUGAGAUGCUGAAGGGACUGACGACGGGAAUGACAGAGAGGAUUGCUGGAUAUAUACUUAUACUUGUGUGGAACAUGAGGUCCGCAUCUGACAACAGUAGGCGCAUCUUUCCGGAAAAGAGCCCAAGUAAUCAAGGGAUAGAUGUUGAGGCCCUUUCUGACGGAGUUGUAUCACCCCGAGGGACAACCCCCAUCAAGCUUUCUGCAGCAGGGGGAAACAGUUAUUCCCUAAAUGAGUGUGUCAGAGUUGGAUGUUUUCUAGCUGCCUCUCUGUUAAAAUUGUUCAGAAAACCUGCAUACUCUUGGGACAAAGCCAAGUAUCAUAUACAGAGAGCGUACACUAACUAUACUAAGGAACCGUGGCCAUUGAAAGACCUCAAUGUCAUCGCCAGUCAUGUUGGAACACUGUCUCUUUUAUGGGAACGUAAGACCAUAUUCAGGGACACCCUGGGAUCCAUUCUGUACUCCAUAGGAGACCUUGAAGAGGGUCGAGGGAUGGUUACAAUGCUCUUUGCAGGGCAUCUUGCAUACACUGGAAUGCACGUUGUCGAUUUGUUCUGCAGAGCUGUAACAGGUCUUCAGUGUCAACCGACUGAUUUGAUGAAAGCCUUACAUACACAUACACAUACAUCCAUGCGUAAAAAGAGUAUUCUUGACGAGCUAAGAAUUAUAAUUGAAUCAUAUAUAGGGUCGGAGGAAGAAGACAAAAAAAGACGGACGUUCCAGUAUGCAAGACUGUUUGACAGUCAAAUGUUCGGUAAUCUACAAUCGAAGAAUUGUGCCCAUCUAGUCUGUAUCUUAGCAUACCUUUGUCAACAAUGUGGAAGUGCAGGAGCCGGAGACGCAACCCAAAUUGCAGUGAUAGCAAACAUGGGGCAAGGGGCCAAGGACAAUUGCAAGGCCGAAGCAAUCAACAUCUACAAUUAUAUCGUUACCAAGAAUGAAAUAGAAAAAUAAGCCCACCAGUGAGAGUCCUUCCCACCAUAGUGUGAGUUUCAGAUUUCUCUUCCGUGUUCCUGCGUAGCCGCUAGCCCUGCUAUGGCUAGGGUCGGUGGUUUUUGGGGUUCUGUUUUGUGGGUUGUGUAUGCUGGGCUACAAACUGUACUUGGGCUUGUUUGUUUUGAGAUCCACGUUGGUCUUUGUAAUUGGUGUGUUUAUGUACCUCUUUAUGUGUUUUGUUUGUGUGUAAUAUCUUCAUGUUGGUAAUGAAUUUACCUAUUCACAAAAAAAAAAAAAAAACAAGAAGAUUAA